CAAGCAGUAGUCCCACUGCUGUAUCGCACACUCUUGCUAGUUCAGGUAGCAUGUCUGGACGUGGAAAAGGCGGCAAAGGCCUUGGGAAGGGAGGCGCUAAGCGCCACCGCAAGGUUCUGCGAGACAAUAUCCAGGGUAUCACCAAGCCCGCCAUCCGCCGCCUGGCUCGUCGUGGUGGUGUGAAGCGCAUCUCCGGGCUCAUCUACGAGGAGACCCGCGGGGUGCUGAAGGUGUUCUUGGAGAAUGUGAUCCGGGACGCGGUCACCUACACGGAGCACGCCAAGCGCAAGACUGUUACCGCCAUGGAUGUGGUCUACGCGCUCAAGCGCCAGGGCCGCACCCUCUAUGGCUUCGGCGGCUAAAGCUUCAUCCAGUACGUUUAUUUAAAGGCCCUUUUCAGGGCCGCCCACUCCCUCUCGGAAAGGGCUGUGCUCAAUGUGUACUUGGAUUAGGAUUAGAAAUGUAUUUUCCUUUCAUGCUAAAGUAGUUUUUCUGUGCGGGUUCUCUACUUAAAACACUUAACUUCAUCCAGUCCUUCAUGUGUGAAGAGUAGCGGUGCUUUUGGUCAAUAGAGUAAAGUUAUGUUUGGCUUAGUAUGCGGUGAAAGUCCCGGUGCCCUGUUUAACAAGCCCCCAGCGUGGGAGGGAUCUUGCCUACCCCCAAAUCGUCUGUAAGAGGACUGUCAAGUAUAAGUAAAGGCAAAACUCCUGGAUGCGCAUGUGUGUGUGCUCAGUCGCGGCCGACUCCUGGACUGUAGCUCGCCAGGCUCCUCUGUCCUUUGGAUUUUCCAGGCAAGAAUACUGGAGUGGGUUUCCAUUUCCUACUCCAGGGGACCUUCUCAAUUCGAUCGAACCCGCGUCUCGCGUCUCCGGCAUUGGCAGGCAGCUACUUUUCCACUGCACCACCUGGGAAGCCCAAAAUAUUUAAUAAACAUUUGUGCAAAUUGCCAGAAACUGCCGGGGUGCUGCUGGUCGCUGACAAGCCAGAUGAAUUAAAUACGCUGCAGGAAAGACCCUGGGUGUUCUUAAUGUUUGCAGUGAGCGACGCUGGGAUCUGCGCUCUGAUCUCUGCAGCCCCACCACCUCGUUGUCCGCCCCCGGGGUCGCGCCCCAAACCUUCGCCUCCGGUACCUCUCAAGUUUGAGUCAUCCAUCAUGCUGACUGCCGUGACCCUUCGUAAACCCAGUGGUCUUGGUUUUUAAAGUGCCUUGGCAUUGCUGAUUUUCAUCCUCAGGCUGGAGGCCUCUGGCUAAGCAGUUUAUAAAUUCCCAUUUACUAUAUUCUGUUCUGAACCCUUAGGCCUCUAGCAGGGCCUUUGAGAUGGUAGGCAGACGCUCCCUCCUUUGUGGUAAGGUGACUCUUAAGUGGCUCUCUUGUACUUUCAGCUUCAUUCCAUCUAGUCUCUGUACUCUGCUGUAAGUUAUACUUUAAAAUGAAACUUUCAAACAUGACAAUAUGGUUACAAAGGUUUUUUUUUUGACGUGUGCUCAAAUUGAUAAACCAGCCGACUGACUGAAUAA